GACGAAGACUUGAAUUGAAAUCGGAGCUCCGUCGAAGGCUUGAAUCCGCUGCAAAUUGAGUUCCACCGCUGAUUCGAAGAAAACAGCCGCAAACGCCGAAGAUUAGAGAAGAGCGGCUAUAGACGAACGACGGUGCUCUUUCUCUGGGGAAUCCGCCGCCAAUUUCUCUGGUUCUCCGGCGUCUUCGGCUACUUCCAGGUCUUCCCGAAGUCUCCGGCGUUUCCCCUAAACCCUAAUCUUCAUUUGCCAUCGCCGCUUGUGUCUCUGUGGUUCUGCUUUGCGAGGUCUCGUCCUAUAAUCAUCUGUUCAUUUGAUUUUCCGGUGUAAUCAGAGCUAUUGGCCAUCACCUUUACCGUUCUUCCUCCAUCGACGACGUCUUUAUGCUCAAUUGACAAUUGGAAUGGCGUCUUCGAGAUGCGUUCACGCUUUGCUUAUGUGGGUGUAUGAGAGUUUCCCUGGAUUAGGAGAGGGUUAUGGGUUGAGAAGGCCUAUCUUGACUGGUAUUCCACUUCUUGAUUGGCAGUCAACUCGGAAGGAUAUCGACCUAACAGAAUUCAUUAAAAACGAGAAGGAGCUGCAUGGGCAGGUGCGUGUAAGACACAUGAUUCCUAAGAAACGGAAAGUAAAAGCUACUGUUGAUGAAGAAGGUAGUAUCACACGGAAGGGGAAAAAGAUCAAAAAGGCUGAAUUCUCUGGCGAAGAAAGAGUCAAAAUUCAAAAAGAAGACGAGAAGAUAGUCUCAGAAGAUAUACAGGUUGAUAAGGAUGACAAGAAAGGCUUCUCUGAUAUUUUAUUGAUGAUGGAAAAAAUGAAUGGGAGUAUUGUAGACAUGGGUAAGAAUCUGAGUAGUAGGAUCGAUGACUUGGAGAAUACCUUUGACUCACGGAUUGUAGCAGUCGAGACUGAUUUGAAGGAACUGAAACACGCAAAACCAGCUUCUAUACCUACUGCCCAAGUCGCCAACUCCAUCAACAAUGAAGAUGAAGGUGCAUCGAGUAAAUCUCCUGCAAGUUAUAGUUUGUCUUGGAAAGUAGAGGAGAAGCCAUCUUCAGUGGAUGGUUUGCCUGUUCAAAGAGUGGUGAAGAAAACUUAUACUGUUCAGAAGAAAGUAAAGAAAGAAGGUGAAAUAUCUGAAGAUCUUAUCUUAAUUGAAAAGAAAGAUGGUUCAAAGGCUGAGAGGAAAAAGUCUGAAAAGGCUCCGCUGAAAGAAGAAGCUACAAAGCCUGCCAAGAGAGGUGUCUCAAAGCCUCCGGUGAAAGCUGCAGUGAAAGAAAAAGCUGCUAAGAACCAGGGUUUGAAGGCUGUGGUGAAGAAAGAGGCUGUUAAGAAAGAGGCUGCAAAGACAUGUGCUACAACGGCUGGUAAUAAGAUGAAGAAGAAAUCUACUACCCAAGAAGACGAUGUUGUAGAUAUCACUGCCAAAGUUGAAGAAGAAGCUCUGAAAAUGAUUUCAAGUUCUGAAGACACAUACUCGGAUCCUGGACUGCAGAAAGCUAAUAAGGAACUUGAUGCAACAUUGACAGCAAUGGUAGAGAAGUUAAAGGAUCUAGGUGAGGGUGUUACUGUGGGAAAAAGAGUUCCACAGUUGGCUGGUUCUCAAAAGUACCCGUUUCUUGGUAACUCUACAGUGAAGCGCAUCAUUACGGAUGGAGAACCUUCUUCCUCGAUACCUGAUCACAUGAUGCAUGUUUCUGACGAGAAAAUUCAUCAACUGUUUGAUUUCCUAGAGACAGAUGACGAGGAAGACUUUCUUAACACUACUAAUGGAGAUAUGAGAUUCUAUAGGCAAAUUAUCACUCCAAGAGCAGAGUGGCCAUACGAAACAUAUGGAUGGUUGAAAGAUUAUCAUAUGGGUGCUGCGAUGACUAUGUUCCGCAAAAGGUUGAUGCGUAAGCCUUCAGCGUACCCAAAUCAACGAAUUACUUUCUUGGAUCAAGACAUGAUGAGGGAGUUGGCUAGAGAUUACGAGCACUUUUCAGGAGGACGUAAGAGCUUCAUGUUCAGGGAUUAUUUUGCGGAACACCUCAACGGGACAGCUCCAACUGAAUCAGCUACUUACAAGAAGUGGUUCAUCGAUGUUGAUCAUCUUUAUGCUUGCCUCUUUAUCAAUGGGGAUCAUUGGGUUGCUCUUGAUAUUGACUUGCCUGUGAGGAGGAUUAACAUCUACGAUAGCAUCCCACACUUGACCACUGAUCCACAAAUGGCGAAACAAUGCAUGUUUUUGCGGUUGAUGAUCCCUGCCAUGAUGAGUGCUUUCGUACCUAUCAACAUACGUAAGAAGAGUAAUGCAAUGUUGGACCUGAAAAGGAUUACAAAGAAGUUACCUUUGAAUAAAGAUCCCGGCGAUUGUGCUAUCUACACACUCAAAUACAUCGAGUGUUUGGCUCUAAGGAAAUCAUUCGAUGGGCUUUGCGAUGAAAACAUAGAUGCCAUACGUGUUAAACUUGCAGCGGAGCUAUUAGAUGAAGUGAGCGAGUCAGCCAAACCGUCUAAUCUUGAUCUUUGUGGUGUAGGUUUCAAGAUCCCUCAUCUCAUGGACGAGUCCAUCGAAUGAGUGACUUUGAUUUAUGUAAUCUCGUACUUAUAGGUCUUUUGUUCUUUAUUUCCAGGAUUUAAAACAUUGU